AAGAGAACCGGUGAUACCGUUACAUAUAAAAAAUCUGCAGUCUCCGUCUCCAGAAUGGGACAUUUGAAUAAUCCCGGCGUUCGCUCAGUCUGACCGACGCGCGCCGUACCACGUGCUUACAACAUUCACUGUUUCCAGAUUAUAAGGAUCCAAAAUGACUGCCCUGCUACGCACCCUCUGGAAGAUUUCCAAUUUGUCAAUUUCCACUCGCGCCAGAACUUUCACCUCGCAUUCUUUCGUAUUCUCAGAAGAGGUACUGCGAGCUAAAUCAGAAGACAAACCUAUAGUUGCCCUUGAGUCCACCAUUAUAACACAUGGGAUGCCAUACCCGAAGAACUUGGAAACUGCUUUACAAGUGGAGGAAAUUAUAAGAGAAAGAGGUGCAACACCAGCCACCAUAGCAAUUCUCAAUGGGCAGCUCUCAAUAGGGUUGUCCAAAGAGCAGCUGACAUACCUCGCCCAAGCUAAAGGCGUGGUGAAAGCCUCGCGCCGGGACUUGGCGGCGGUGGCAGCAACCGGCCAGGACGGUGCAACGACAGUAGCCGGCACCAUCAUAGCCGCCGACCUGGCUGGCAUACCCGUGUUUGUCACCGGCGGCAUCGGUGGUGUUCAUCGCGAGGGGGAAACCACCUUGGACGUGUCGGCCGACCUGAAUGAGCUGGGUCGCAGUAACAUCCUCGUCGUGAGCAGUGGCGUCAAGUCCAUCCUUGAUAUUGGCCGAACGCUGGAAUAUCUGGAAACCCAAGGCGUAUGUGUCUGUACGUUCGGCGAAUCAGACGAGUUUCCAGCGUUCUAUACGCGCCGCUCUGGGCACCGCGCGCCGUACGCCCUAGCCGACGCCCGCAGCGCCGCUCGCCUGUUGAAAUCAUCACGAGAUUACAGGCUGGCUUCAGGCAUCGUCGUAGCUGUUCCUAUUCCAGAAGAACAUGCUCUAGACGAAAACAUCAUUAAUAAAGCUAUAGAACUGGCUUUAGACGAUGCUAGGAAGAAAGGUAUUCAAGGCAAAGAAAUCACGCCGUUCAUAUUGUCUGCCGUCUCUCACGCCACCGGCGGCUCUUCGCUUGCAGCCAACAUCGCCCUCAUAAAGAACAACGCGAAAGUCGGUGCCGACAUAGCCGUCGAAUUUAAAAAGCUGAACAAUGUAGACAAUUUUAAUAUUGAAUUCCUGAAACAAGCGGCGCCGCCGAGAGACGGGGACGUGCUUGUCGUUGGUGGGGCGAAUGUUGAUAAAACUUAUAGAAUCACUGAAGACAAUAUAAAGCUGGAUGGCAGUACCCAUCCUUGUUUAACAGAGCAGUGCUCAGGGGGCGUGGGGCGUAACAUUGCUGAAGUUCUGUGGAAGCUGCGCAACGGCAACGUGCGACUGCUGACGGCCAUCGGAGAUGACUCUGAAGGAAAAUACCUCAUGGAAGACGUUCCAGGAAUGAUACUUGAUGGGUGCAUCAUAAAAGGUGGGCGAACGCCUACGUACGCCGCCGUGCUAGAUAAGGCUGGAGAAUGUCGCCUAGGCUUGGGAGAUAUGGCGUUAUAUGAUCACAUUACUGAAGAUCUGGUGGACAGAUACAUAGAAGUAUUUAAACAAGCUCCAAUGGUAGUAAUGGACGGUAAUGUACCGCAGACAACCAUGAAAUAUAUCAUUCAGAUGUGCAGCCACCUUAAAAAGCCAGUUUUCUUCGAGCCCACGGACACAAGAAAAGCUGUGAAGCCACUUCAGUAUGAUUACCUCUCAUAUGCAUCUCCAAAUCUCAAUGAACUUAGAGCCAUGGUACAUUUUAUAAAACCAGACAUUAAUAUAGAUAUUCCUGACGACCUGAGUACAAUUGUUAAGUUAGCCAAAUUUAUACCUUCAGUCCGUAAUCUCAUUGUAACAUUAGGUUCUUAUGGUGUAAUAGUUGUCAAAAAUAAUUCAAAUGAGGCAUAUUAUUAUCCUGCUGAACAAAUGAAUGAAGUGGUAAGUGUAUCUGGUGCUGGUGACUGUUUUGCCGGUGGAUUAAUUCAUGGCAUUCUAUCUGGAAUGGAUGAACCUUUAUGUAUAGCAAUGGGAUUCAAAGCUGCACGUGCAGCAUUAUUCUCAAAAAAAACUGUGCCAUAUAAUCUAAGGAUAGAUAAAAAUAUAGGCCCAGCUAAGUUUUCCCAUAUUCCAAUUGAAUGA